ACGGCGGCUCCCGGCGCCGCCCGCCCCGCCCCGCCGCUCCUGCCACAGCCCAGCAAACUCUGGGGGCGCCGCUUCCCCCCGCUUGAACGACCGGUGGGCCAUCUCCUCCCGGGCUCUUCCGAACGAGUCGCGCCUCUGCCGCUUUAAAAAGCCUUCCUCCCGAGGAGCGUAAGUAGAGCGCCCCUGGGCUGCGCCGCCCGGCUCCGGACAGGGACGCGGCCGCGGGCACGCUCGGAGUCGGCGCUGGGGGCGGGAGCCCGCCCGGGGCCUCUGCCCGCUCGCCGUGUCCCCCGGCCGUGGGAUGGGCGCCAGGGAAGGGCAGGGCGGAGCCGAGCCCGCUCAUCCUACCGAGGAGGAGUCGCGGCAGGGGCCUUACUGCUCCUGAGGGACCCUGCCGCGGGUGUCCCUCUGUUGCUGCCCCACCGAGGGAACCGUCUGCAGGCAGCGGCGCUCGCAGAGGGGACGGUAACUGAGCCUGGUGUGGCAGGGAGAAGUGUCCAAACAUCACCAAAUAACUCAGAAGAUGCAGUGGAGGACAAAACAACAAGUAUUAAUAUCCAGGGUAGUUGUGUAGGGACGUGUAAUAUCUUCCUUAAAAGUUGCCACUAACAUGUGAACAUUGAUGUGCAUUUCCAGCCAGUUUUGUGCUUGGAGUAAAGUCCUAAAUAUAAAGCAGAGCCAGAAUUUCUUUCAACGUUGUAAGUGGUGCUGCACAGAAUGAUGGAGCUCAUGAGCAUAACCCGAGAUGGUUUUGGGGUUCCUUGAGGUGAGCUCCGAGUUAUCUGGCCCAUAGAAACACUUUGUACUGAUCGUGGGGAAAACGGCCGGGUGGCCUCCCUGCAUUGACCAGACUGUUACCUCACUCUCUUCACGUCUUUGGUCUGAGAGUUAUCAAAACAUGCCACUCACUUGUUCACUUAAGAUUCACAAGUGAUGCAAAGUAUUGAGAUUAAUAAAUAUUCUUAGGAAGGUAUGAAGCUUGAUGAAGUAAAAAUUUGCCAGUGUUAUAAGCAAUAUAGUUGUUUCAUUUGUGUCUUUUUUUUUUUUCCUGUAGGCCAAAGAUAUUUGGGUUCAUUGCUGAGUCACUGAAGAAAUCGUAUAAGCCUAGCAUAUUAUUAGAAAUCCUUAUUGUGUUAGGUCUUUAAGACACUGACAUAGAUACAAAAAAUGAAUUGAGCUGAAUAGUCAGAGAUACUAGAAGCAUUUACCUCUUUUAUAUAAAGGGAAAUGAGAGAAUCCUGCAGGAACAUUUUAGAAUUAGACUAGAAAAAUGUAAAUUGUUUCCAUAGGACAAAAGUGUACUUUAAGGAGUAACAGGAUCUGCCUUGCAGUUACUUUAACUUGCUGGAAGUCCUUUCAGACAGAUACUCAAACGUUGGAGUCCCUGCUUCUCUGCAGUGAAAAAGGGUCUUGAGCCUUUGAAGGCUCAUCUUUGUAUAUCUGGGGUGGGGGGCGGGACACUCCUCACGGUGCAGUUUUUAGAUCUGCGUGGCUGGUGGUAUGUGGGCACCUGAAAGCUCUGUCUCAUUCAUGCUUCACUCACUCGGGAUGUAGGACUGCUGCCCUCAUGCUCCACGGCUGUUCCGCAGUCCCCGGGUAGCUCCACACCCUUCACACCUUUCAGCUUUACCGGUAAGUUGCUGUCUUUUCCUUCCUGUGUAGAGCUCUAAGACGGCAUCUGAGUAUUUUGGGGUAGAAAAGAGGUUGCUUUUUGUUCCUGUUUUUCUCCUGUGGCUAAUGUAUUAGAGCAGGAGUUCCAGCAGGGAAGAGAGGAGUUUAACAGGUGGGGUGUAGCUCUCCUUCUGGGCUCAGAUCUGCACUCCUCGCACUUUUCCUUUACUCAGGCCAAACUUUCACUCAGAGGUCAAGUGGAGUCAAGAAGUCAAAAGAAGUUUUGCCUGGGAUUUAAGGAGGAGGCUCCAUAGCAGUAAAGUAAGUUCAAGGUUAGAAAUCUGAAACAAUGGGUGACUGGAGCUUUCUGGGGAGACUGUUAGAGAAUGCGCAGGAGCACUCCACGGUCAUUGGCAAGGUUUGGCUGACGGUACUGUUUAUCUUCAGGAUCCUGGUGCUGGGGGCUGCUGCUGAGGAGGUCUGGGGAGACGAGCAGUCGGACUUUACAUGCAACACUCAGCAACCCGGUUGCGAAAAUGUUUGCUAUGACAAAGCCUUCCCCAUUUCUCACAUCCGCUUCUGGGUGCUGCAGAUCAUUUUUGUCUCCACUCCAACCCUCAUCUACCUGGGCCAUGUCCUGCACAUUGUACGCAUGGAGGAGAAGAGGAAAGAGAAGGAGGAGCUGAAAAAGAAGGGAAGCAGCAAAGACGGCAACUACCCAGUAGCAGCAGCAUCUGGCAGUGGUGGUGGAGGAGGCAGCAACAAUGUCAAAGAUCAAUCUAUUGUCAAAAGGGGGAAAGAGAAGCUCCCAAUCCGUGAUGAACGUGGUAGAAUCCGUAUGGGGGGUGCCUUGCUCCGUACCUAUGUCUUCAAUAUAAUUUUCAAGACGCUGUUCGAGGUGGGCUUCAUUGUUGGCCAGUACUUCCUAUACGGCUUCGAGCUAAAGCCAGUUUACCAGUGCAGCCGCUCACCUUGUCCACACACUGUGGACUGCUUCAUCUCGAGGCCCACUGAGAAGACCAUCUUCAUCAUCUUCAUGUUGGUGGUGGCCUCAGUCUCCCUGCUGCUGAACAUGCUUGAGAUAUAUCACUUGGGGUGGAAGAAGCUUAAGCAGGGCAUGACGAGCCAGUACAUCCUAGAGAUGCCUGUCGCAACAAUGACACCAGUUAUGGUAACGGGGGAGUCCAAACCUGUUUCCCUGCCACCACCAGCACCACCUGUGGUGGUCACAACUGCCACGCCGGCCCCUGUUCUGCCUGACACCCGCGCUGUCACACCACUGCUGGCCCCGGUGACCAUGGCAUCGUACUAUGCUACAGCUGCUCCAAGACCACGGCCCCCCUCCAACACGACGUCCAUGGCAAGCUACCCUGCUGCUCCACAGGUUCCUGAGGAGAGGCACCGUGCUGUGACUCCCACACCCAUCUCCACUCCCGUCACCAUCCCGACCCCCAUCCCCACGCCCACGCCAGCCGUCAUCAACUACUUCAACAGCAGCAGCCGUGCCCUGACAUCCGAGCAGAACUGGGUCAACGUGGCAGCUGAGCACCAGGGGAAGGUUUCCUCCAGCUCAGCAGGCUCCUCGACCCCCAGCAGCGUCCGGCAUCCCCUUCCUGAGCAGGAAGAGCCGCUGGAGCAGCUACUCCCACCCCCAGCUGUGCUGCCCAUUGCCGCAGCCAACAGUGGCAGCAGCACCAGCCUGAGUGGGGCAAGCGGCAGCAGGUGGGAUGUGGAGGGCGAGGUGGAGCUGUCGAGGCCGCGGCCCAUCUCGGCUGCCUGCACCACGGUGGAGAUGCAUGAGCCACCACUGCUCGUAGACACGCGGCGCUUGAGCAGGGCCAGUAAGUCGAGCAGCUGCAGAGCCCGGUCAGACGACCUGGCCGUGUAAGGUGGUUGCCCUGCUCGGGGGAGCAGGUGGUGGAAGGUGGAGUGGGCAGGGGAACUGCCCGGGGAGGCCAGGCCUGGCGUGGGUGAGAAGGCCUGGGCUUCAAACUUAGACGCUUGCUGUUUUUGCACUCUGUGAGUUGUAGUGGGGGAAAUUAUCAACAUUUUCUAAUAGGUCAGGGGUGACCGAAGCGCAGCCCGUGGGCCGGGGGAGCAGUCCCACUUUCCUUCAUGCUCACGGCAGAUCCCUCGAGGGCAGCCGUAGGGAAGGCCUGCACGGGUGACAAGUGGCAAUGGUAGCUGGUCAUGUGCCCUGAGGCUGACUUUCUUCUGAGAAAAAUGUCAAUAUCCCUAGUGCCCGUGCACCUGGCUGUCAUCUCCCUCUAGCCCUCACCUUGACUUCAGCUCUUUCCCAGAAGCUCUACGUGAGUAGAUGCAAUGACUUACUUUCUUCCUCAUAAAUUUUACGUAGCCCUGUGGCAAACAUCAGGGUGGUCUAUUGCCUCUUGGCAAUUGUUGGGUCUAUGGACCAACUUGCCAUGUUAAAGAUAACACAGUUUCUUCCAUAUAACGUGACUUAAUGAAGCCAUUGUGUUCAUGGCAAGUCACCAAUGCGGUCCUCGGCCAGGCAAAGUUUAGGGAACCCCUGGAAUAGAAUUUUGAGGUUCUUCUUUCCAUAAUUUUUUUUUUACUCUUGACCUGUUAGGAAGUGUUUGGUUUAACCUUCUAUCCAGUGUUUGCCAGCUAUGAUCACACCAUGUUUAUAAGCCUGCAAAUAUGUUUGAGCAUGUUUGACUAUAAUUUUAGCUGACUCCUAAAAUUGCUUACAGGAGGACAGGAAUUCAAAUCAUACCUCAAAAAUUACUACACAGAACAAUUUCUCUUCAGAAAGCAAGGAUUAUGAUUUCAAAACACUGUGGCCCCAUAUAUUGCCCGUGGAGAAACAAUCAGGAUAAAGUAUAGCUCUGCAUUUUAAGCUAUUAGAUAUCAGCUUAAGUUUGUUGGAAAAAAUGCUUUUUAGAAGUAAAUUUGAGUGCUUAUUUUUAAGUAUUUGAACAUUUUGAGAAUAAUCCGUAGGUUUAAAGUUACUUGACUGUGCACUUAAUAAUUUUAGUUUGAUCUUUGAUCUUACAAGAAAAUGUAAGAGGAGAGAAACUGACUAAUGGUGAAAUUCCCAAAGCAACAUUAUUUCCUGUUGUGUACCCUUUAAUAUCAAUCUGUAGUGUGUUUAGGUCAGUGAAAACAGACUUAGAUAAUACUGUAUUGCAGAAAAAGUGGCUAAAAUAUCUGGGCAACAUGGUGGCUGAGGGGUCUAUCCUGAUCUAACUGAAGUCACUUUCAGAAUUUCCAUUCAGUUUAAUAAGGAGCAAGAUUUGGGAAUGGAUCUUGAAGGCCUUACUCAAGCAAGACUAACAUUCUCAAGAAGUUAUGGAAGCCAGAAGAAAUUGAGAUUUUGGGCCUUAGAAAAGACAUUGAAAUCCUGCUUUUGGAAAAUGUGUGUGCCCCUCAAAAAUGCGUGAAGGAAAGUAUUGGUUUUUGUUUUUUUUUCUAAGGUGAAGCUUUCCUUUCAACAGGCUCGGUCCUUUUUUCCCCUCCUUAACAAGAUGUUAGAAUUCUGCAUGCCUGAAUAGGCUGAGGAGAGUUUUGGUACAAAAGGAAUACAGAAUUAGGCCCAGCUUCUGUUUUAAGCAAAAUCCAAAAGAACUAAAGCUUGGAGUCAGUCCUGUUGCUGCUAUAAAUCGAAAGUACUGUAACUGGAAAAGAGCAAUCAAACAGACUGGGAUAGCCCUUUGCAUCUUCAAAGUGUUUGGCCUGGCAGUGCAGUCCUUACUCAGGCUAAGCAGAGUCAGCCUGUUGCAAGCAGUUAACAUUACCAGUUAUUUCUGCUGUUAGAUGUUUUCCUGAGUGUGCUUAUUUUAUUCAACAGCCAAAAUAUAUUCCCACAACUCAAUAUUAAACAUUUUUAUCUCUUUCUGAGUAAUCACAAAGAGCUUCUCAUAAUCAGAAGCACUGUUCUCCAACCUUUGGGCAUGUUGUCUCGUGACUUCCUUGUCCUGCUUGUGUUGAACCAGGUGAGGAGAAGUCCUUCUGCUGCCAUGGAUCUUAAGGGCAUCCACUGCAUUAAAAUUUGAUGUGUAGUAGAACAAUAAAGGUAUUUAUUAUUAGGCAUUCAGCUUCAGGCAUGCUUUCAUGGAUUUUCUGUGUUAUAAGCCAUAAAAACCCUUCCUGCAAGAAAACUAAAAGCCAUGUUCUGCUUUCUAUUGUAACUAUGCAACUAUGCUGAACAUAGACUAAAGUUGAUGAAGUUGCCUAGAUAUAAACAAAGGCAGACAUUAAGAUUCAAAAUCUUUAAAUUUACUAGAAUCUACAGUAGCAGUUUUGUAAGUUUUGAUAAAUGCCAGUUAACUACAUUGCUGAAAUAAUGCAAUAUCUGCAACUCUGUAUUUUAAUACAUCAGAGUUUAUGGGCUACAUUUUCCUCUGUACUAUGCUUCCGAAGCAUGAAGUCAAAGUCUUUCUGGAGUGUAUUUAUAUAAACCAGACCACCUGGAAUGUGUGCUUUUUUAUAUCACUUCCCGAGAGCAAAACUGAUGUUGUUUGAUGGGGCUCUGCAUCUUGCAGCCCUUACUUUAGUAUUUCCCUCACAGAGUGUGUCCUACAGGAUUGCAUCCAUAUUGUAUAUAAAAAAUAGUAAGAGAGAGAUUUAACUUAGGAUCAACUGAGACCUAGGCUGACCUUUUCAAAUUAAUGUGUGUGGUUAGACCUGCAGAAAGUUCGGAUGCUUUUGUGGAAUAUAUGGUAUUUUCAGCCGGAGUAACUACUGGAAAGCUCUAAAAGAUGAUUUUUCCUGUUAGGUGAAGCUCGGGGGGAGAAAUGUAACUCUAUUGCAACCCCUAAGAGAAGUCUGAGAGAGCAGCCUCUGCAUCCAGGCAGUCCUGGUCUGAGAAAGCAAAGCUACAACUCACAGGUUGCACUUUUAAGAUCAGCUUAAGUUCCAUCACGUAACUAUGCAGCGUCUUCAUUGCCUACAGUUUCGUUUGGAGUCUAGUAACUGUUUCUUCAUUUAAACCCAGGUUACUGUUUUGCCAGAACUCCUCCUUAGUGCUUACAACUGCUUGUAGUUGCCACAUCACAUCUGGAUUCAGAUUUGUUGAAAGAGAAAUCGUGCUGGUGUGGCCAAUUUUGAGGACUUUAGUCUUUACUCAUGAACAGUCACUGAAUUCCACAUCCUGUGAGUCAAGUGCCCAAUUCUAUGCAGAAUUCCACAGUUGUAGAAAAUAUGAGCAAACACCCACUGACUUGAGGGACAGAGUUUAUUGGCAAAAAAUUAUCUGACUCUUUCACAUCACUUAAUUACAAAGUUUCAUGGGAACUGGUAGCAAGUGAUACCCUGAUUUAGCCUCAUCAUGUGGCUGUUCAAGCCACAAUUCUGAAAGACCUCAGGUGCACAGCUAAGUUGAAACCUGUAGGAAAGUUAUCACAAAAGCAAAAGUCAGAACAGAAUCAUGCCUGAUAUUAAGCAGACCAAAAAAAAAGACCCACUAAUUUUUGCUCUUUGAAUAGAAUAAUUGUGGGAAAACUUGUCCUCUCUCUUACUUGAAGUUGAAAAAUAUGCUGAGGUAAACUAUGGAACAGAAAACUGAAAAAAGAUACUCUUUGAACAAGUUACCAGGUGUACUACUCUUUUUGCAGUAUGUUUGUUGUUCGAAAAGGCACUUAGAGCUAAUGAAAUGCCUGACAUUUUGCGGCUCUUAAAUUAUUUUCUGGUAUGAAUAUGUAAGUGUAGGAUCAGUAAAAUAAUGAAAGCAAGUCUUAAAGAUCAGAUCACUAUUUAGGUCCUUUCUUGGUUAGGCAUGGGAUCUCCUCUUCAGCUGCUACAAACUGUUGUAUUCCGCUGAGUUCAUGUGGGUGACAGCAGUCUGCAGGAGCAGAGUGUUGAGCCCCCAGGUCUUUUUCUUUUAUACAGACACUAACACCAUGGAUUUGAACAGGCUGGGGUUUUCUUUAAUUCCAAAUGUUUUACUUUGAUUUUUCUUGUGAAAAGUGUGCUCUUGUAAUUUUGAUUUUCUGAAGUUUACAUUCAGUUUUUGAUUUCAGAUUGCACAUUUGGAUGAAAUAAACUGCUUUCUGAGUUUACAUUUGUAUAAGAAGUAAAAGAAUGACUCUGCCAAUCUGUUAAACAUGAGAGAAAUGUCUUACUACAACACAGGAACUCUUCAGACAUAAGCAGUACCAUUAAAUUUAACUGAUCACUGAUGCACAGUAUCAGCUUUCUCUGUGCAAUUAAAAUAUGGGUGUUGGAUAUAUAUAUGUAUCUCCAGGGAUAUAUAUAUAUAUAUAUAUAUAAAAAAAUAUAUAAAUAUAUAUAUAUAUAUAUAGGGAGCACACCAUGGAAAAAUACUUUUCAUCAUUAAUUCAAUUAUUGCCAAAUAAACUAAGGUUCACUGUUGUUCAUAUGCCUUCCUGUGUGUUUAGAGCUUCAAUGACAAAAAUUAGUUGUGACAUAUGUCCUUUACAAGCUAAAUUUACAGCCUGGUUUGAAAUUCCAAACAAAGUACUUGUGAAUAAACACUGCACUGUUAUACUGUAGAAGGUUUUACAAAAAAAAUAUUGUUUUUCUUUCUAGGCAAAAAUACGGUUCUGAGCCUGCAAAUAUGAUUUCAUGCAAGUUACUUUAACUUUUGCAAAUAAGACCAUUAAAAGCAAUGGGACUAUUUGUAUAAACUAAAAACACUGAUGUGAUAAAGAAAUUGUAGAUUUGCAUUUUAAGUUUGCUGUAAGAUGCCAAUCUAAUUCUAGAGUUUUCAGUUCUUGAAGAGUUAUGCAAGAUGUGUGAGCAUAUUUUAAGGUGGAGAGUGCAUUGCUAUUUGCAUUGCCACUGUUUCUCACAGUUAAAGGGUUCUAAAGCAUAAGGAAACUUACUCAGAACUUUCUUGUUGCUUUCUGGAUGUUUGUCUUUUACAUGACAGAAUCUGACAAAAAACAUAGCAAGUUUUCUGGGCAGUCAGGAACUUGUACUAACAAUAAAACCAGCAAACACUUAAAAGUACUGUCUUCAGAAAAGUGCCUUGUAUAUUAAAUUCUGUAAGAAGCAAAUUGAUGUAAACGUUAAUUUACCUCAUAUGUUUACAAAAUUGUGACUAAAUAAACUUUUUGUACCACA